AUGAAGAUGGAGACCCUUUUGGACACGACUGGCCAGCACUGCGUGGAAGAAGGCUCUUCCUUCUUGGAAGACAGUCCCCCUGGGACCCCGAGAUCGCCUUCCGGGUUUGACACUUUCACAGGCAGCGGCAUGCUUCUGAACUUCCUCACCCCAGUCAAGACUGGCCCUAGAAAGGGUGACACCUCGCACGAAGAUGCCGCGUUCCUUUCUCCUACCAGCACGCUAGACGGUGGCACGUUCUCUCCGGAUUCGGUCAUCUCAGAAACAGACUGGACGGUCUUUGACAGGCCAAAGCCGAGGGUGCUGGACUUUGGAGCGGUCAGCAGCGAUCUGAGCAAAGUCACUCUCACAGAAGAGCAAGAUGCCAAGGCAGAAGACAUAUGCUGUGCCGAGAAUCCUAGGGGACGCCAGCUCCGCUUCCCUUCGUUCCCUAACACUGAUGACAGCUGGAUCACGGUGUUUGACAAAGAAGCCAGAGGAGAUGAUCCAGGUUUCCAGUCAAGGGACUUGACUCCGGCUUCUGAACCCAACGCUGUAGAAACAGGUGUCGUUUCUGAAACGUCUAGAAAUGCAAAGGAAGAUGACCACUCCCCCUCAGCUCCCAACCUUCCCACACCAGUUGCUCGCGCGCUCUUCGAUCCCGCUCCGGAGUCACUUGCAGAGCACAGUCUCAAGGGCUUGCCAGUCUCAAGCUGGGAGAAGUCUUCUUUCGAAGUACAAAAACAGCCUACGCGAUCCAGCCAAUUCAAAGCGACCUGGGCCCGUACGAAUAUUCCGGGAGCGGCUGUUUUGCGAAGAACUGCAGACGGAGUGACCAAGCUAGAAAAUAGAAGGGAAAGGGGAAUCUUUGAGCAUUCAAAGAUCGGCUUGGACACUGAAGAAGAGUGGACGGCAGUGAAACUUGAAGAGAGCUUGGCGCCAGGCAGCGCUGUGGCUCCAAGCGUCACAUCUGAUCGCGGCCAGCACGCCCAAGUUCCCCUGAAGAAGCCUGUGUCUCCUCCAGCGACUGGCAGCAAGCUCGCGGCGCGCAGGGGCGAGCACGUGGCGCGCGCGCUCAACAAUCUCAGGAUUGGCGGAAAGCCGAGACCCGGGGAGAAAGCGUCGCCCCGCUGCAGCCCCAGAACCCAUGGCGACGAAGCGCGCGCCCUCUUUGGCGCGAUGCUCGAGCCCUCUCCAGACUCCACUCCGUUCAGUACGUCCUCCGAGUCCGACUGGAGCCCCGACCAACCGGGGCAAACCACACCGACCCCGCAGCACGAGUCGGGCAAACGACCGCCCUUGCCCCCGUACGGCCCCCGCCUCAACCGAAGCGCGCGGCGCUCUAACCUGGCCGCCAUCGCGGAGCAGCCGCCGCGCGUCGAGCGGAAGACCAAGCUCGGGCGCGCGCAAAACCCCGCGCGCGCGGCCGCGAGCGACGAGGAAAAGGACGACUCUGCGUGGGAGCGGGCGAAGGCUCUGCGAGUGAACAUUACGCCCCGGGCCACGAUCCCGAAGCCAAGCGUCUCGCUCGACUCCGAGGACUACUUCGAGAUCCAGGAUCCGCUCAGCGGCGGAAGGACGGAAACCGGAAGUGGCCGCGGCAGUCGCGGUUCGGACGAGGGUUCGCGGGGUUUGGACCCGCGGCUGAGCCCGCGGCUCGCGCGGCUCCUGCGGCGCGUCCCGGGCAUUGGCGCGCUGACGACCGAGCGGAUGGAGAGGCUGGUGGAGUCGGCGCACAUGCUGGAGUACGGGUCGGGGGAGGUGAUCGCCAAGACGGGCACGAAUUGCUGCGGUACGUGCGUGGUGCUGGAGGGGCGCGUGCUCGCGAUGGACAUGACCUUCACGUGCCCCUCCGCCAACGGCAUCCUCGGGCCGGGAGACUGGUUCGGCCUGGACUGCGGCGCGGGCAUUGGGGCAGCGCACAACCUCACGUGGACGGUGGAUUACCGCAUGAUCGAGACGGGCGCCAUCUUCUUCGCUCGGACGGAAGUCCUCCUGGACGUCUUCUCCGCGUCUCCGCCGGCGCCGCUGUCUACCCGCCUCCUCUUCGCGAAAGGGUACCGCGCAAUCGCGUUUCUGGGUCAGGGAGCGUUCGGCCGCGUGCACCUCGUCGAGGACCUGCUCGGCGGCGGCACCUUCGCCCUCAAGAAGAUCCCCAAGAGCGUCAUCCGCAGCUUCAGCACCGCCAAAACGCUCGCGCGCGAGGUCCGCGCGCUGCGCGCGCUGAGCGCGAGCCGCUUCGUGGGGCGCGUCGAGCGCACCUUCGCCGACUGGCGCUUCCUGUACAUCCUGCAGGAGCCGCUCCUGGGGGGCGAGCUGCACGCCGUCAUUUGCAGGGGUCCGGGCUGUCUUAACGAGGAGGACGCCCGCUUCUAUCUCGCGUGCGCGGUGCUCGCGCUCUGCGACGUUCACUCCGCCGGAAUCCUGCACAGGGACGUGAAGCCGGAAAACUUGCUGCUCGACCGGAACGGCUACCUCAAGCUCGUCGACUUCGGUUACUCGACGCCGAUAACCGCGUGCCUCUGCGACACCACGUAUGUGGGCACCGUCGACUAUAUGCCGCCGGAGGUGGUUCGGCGCGACCCGCGCUGCUGGCGGCCGGCCGCCGAUUGGUGGAGCCUGGGCGUGACGCUAUUUUGCAUGCUCACCGGGACGCUGCCCUUCUCGUACGACUGGGAGCACGACUUGAACCGUCCCGAGCAUAAUAAGAUUUACCGGCGUAUUACUGACGACUACUUCCCGAAGCACCACCUGUGCCAGCGCAUGAGUCGCGAGGCCUUCGACCUGCUGAGCCGGCUGAUGAACAAGGAUCCGCGCCGGAGGGCAGGGGGCGGAAUCCGCGGGGCGGCGGAAAUCCAGGAGCACCCCUGGUUUGAAGGCUUCAACUGGUGGGCUCUCAAAGCGGGACGAAUGCGCGCGCCAUACAUUCCGUGCGUCACGAACGGCCACGACGCGUCCAACUUCUGCCCGCCACCGGAACAGUGUGCGCCGGAGCCGGAAGACACGUUCCCAGACGAUCCGGCACUGGUAGAAGAGAAUCAGAAGCUUGACCGGCUAUUCAACGAGACGUAA